CUUUCACCAUCGAACCCUACCUUUCCCACAACCCUUUUUUCGCCUUGUUUCUCUUUUUUCCUUUUUCCACUCUUUCUUUCGUCCUCUCCUGGCCUGUCGCUUCCACAUCCUGAACCCUUUUUACAAACCGCUCAAGCUGCUCCUCUCAUCUCCAUCCUAUCACUCGUUAUCGCUUUUCUUCAAGGCCCCCUUCUCCUGCCCCCACUCGCGACGUUAAAUCAUUAGCCAUCACUGUAUCUGUCGGCCCCUUUGCAUAGGGUCGACCCUCGUGCCACUCGCGCUCCAGCUGCUUUGCCCUCCGCGGCUCCAUCUUGCCGAUAUUGAGGGAGGUGCCUGUUCUUACGGGACUGGCUCAAACAUGGCUAAGCUAUCUACCCUCCUCUACAUAUCCAUCUUCGCUUUUCUGCUAGCGCGCUGCUCGCUGGCCGAGGAACAAGCCUUUCAGAAACGUCAAGAUGAUCAGACGAGCGACGAUGCAGCUACAACAACGGUCUCGUCCCCUGGUAGGACCUCGACCACUAUUGUAACUUCAACUUCCUCGAGACAAACUACAUCUCGCGCUUCGACAUCGCAACCCUCUCUCACAACUACCCGCACUACCACACCUGCAACUACAUCCAGACAAACUACUCAGGAAACUGCUACGGGUCCAACGGCCAUUAGAAGUUCACCCAGUACACAGGGUGAUAAGCCGGCGGAGACUACUGCCGGCUCUAACAAUGAUCCGACAUCCGAUCCGGAGAGCACGACCCCCAUGACCACCCUAAGCCCGACAACCCGUCGCUCAGUUAUAACUAUAUUCAGUACUAUCACCAGCGGCACUAAUACUGGCCAAGUUUCUAGUUCUGUGUUUACGAGCACUACUGUUGAAACUCCAAUCGUUCAGGCGUCGUCAGGUGGUCAAAAUCAGGGGCCGAAUAGCAGGAGUGAGGCUCUUAAACCAGCCACUAGGAACACUAUCAUCGGUGCGGUAGUGGGCGUUGGAGGCGCUCUCUUGGUCGGAGGUUUGGUAAUUUUCGCGUGGCGGUUAAAGAGGAGGAGAGUAAAUCCUGUGGAUGAAGAUGAUUUGAUGCGUCGUGAUGGUUCCCCGCUUGCCGCAGGACGGGACAUGCGUACCACCAGCCCGGAGGAAUCACCUUUCAAGUCAACACUUGACCAAUACCACAAACCCCCUGGCACUGUCAACGCCUCAUCAAACUUUUAGGAUCGACUGCCGUUACCUUCGGGUUUUAUUUCCUGGACGUGGAGUAUGUCACUUCAUUUGUUCAUCUGGACCAUUCCUUCCUAUACCUUAAUACCUUCCGUUUUUUUUUUGUUUUUUGUUUUCUGUCAGCGCUCUGUUUAUACUCAUGACAACGUUUUCCACUAUUAUCAAAUCAUUCAUUUGAGUGGGAGGAGGUUAUCACACCGAGUAAAUUUAUGCAUGGGGGGUUCUUUCAUGAGUUAUACUUUUGAAUGGUUAAUAAGGUAACGAACUCUGGGGGAUUUCUAUUUAUUUUUCUUCCUUUCCUUCUGUUUUUUUCCUCUCUAAUUUUUUUUUUUUUUGAGGAAGUGGCGUUUGCUUGGACUGGAUGUAGAUGGGAAUGUAAUCGAUUCAUUUUCAGCGAGGUGAAUUACUGCGAUCAGGACUAUUCUCAGG